AUGGUUUUCGAACAUGUAGACAACCCGAACGUCUUCGAAAAUUGUCUAAUUCGGAGAGAGAGAAUACACUUCAGAGUACACUCACACACACAUCUUGAAUCAAUUGUCCAUUACAUCUUUCCAACCUUAAAAGAAGAACCCCCCCAAAAAAAUCCAAUUUUUUAUAUUAUUCUUUUCUCCCCCAAAACCAACCACCACCCACCUCUCUCCCCCAAAAACAACAACAAGGAAAAAAAAAGAAAAUGCCACUCACCACGGACCCCAAAAUCCUCUCAACAUCCACAUCUCUCCUCCAAACCCUCCGCUCCCUAGCCCCGCCCUCAAACCCACCAAACUCGACCCGCCCAGCCCACGCAAAAGGCGUCCUCCUAACAGGCCACUUCACCCCAACCCCCACAAACACCACCCCCCUAACUACAUCCCCACACUUGGCAACCCUCCCACGCACAAACAUAACCCUCCGCUUCUCCUCCUCAACCGGCAUCCCAAACAUCCCCGA